CUGGAGGCCGAGAUUCCAGGGUCCUGGGGAAGGAGGGAGCCUGGACUCCUGGGUCUGAGGGAAGCAAGGGCUGGGGCCCAGACUUCAGGGCUCCUGAGUGUCACCAGUUCACCCUUUGCCCUUCCAACCCAGAACGUUCACCACGAGCAUCCAUGGACUCUUGGAACUGGGAUGAAGCACCACCACAGGAAGUGCCCCCGGAGAACAGGCUGUCAGGGCUGGAAGGAGCUGAGCUCGGCUUCUAUUUCCCUGAACCGGCGCUCCAAGGGGCCACGCUGACAGCCGACACACGCUGGAAAGCUGGCAGUGCCCUGGGACCCGUGAGCGCUGGGGAAGAAGGUGAGGGGCUGGGGCUCCCGCAGCUGGACUGGGGCUCCGCACUCCCGCACCCGGAAGCCCCAUGGGGGGCGGAGCACGCCCCUCAGGCUCUUCCAUGGUCGGGAGACUGGACGGAGCUGGCGCGCACCGGCUCGGACCCUUGGAGCCGCGUCCCCCAGGACCUGGGCCCCGUCCCUGCCGGCCUGGGCCCCGCCCCCUUCGCCGGUUUGGAAGGGGCAGCAGGCCAGACCUGCACCACCUCCGCCGGCGGGGCCGGCUUGUGGUGGCGCGCCCAGGCCGCCGACUCGGCCAGCUGGGACUGUCCUACGGGCCCCGACGGCGCCGCCUACUGGGGCCAGGGCCCCGGCGGGGAGCCGCGCGCCGACUACACCACUGCGUGGGGCGGGCCUGCGGGCUCGGACCACCCCACCUCCUGGGACUUGGGGCUGCACGCGGACUGCACCACCGCCUCGAAGGGGUACCGGAGUCCAGAUCUCACCGCUCCCUCCGAACCCAGCCAGCAGUCGGACCGCGCAACUUCAGCUCGUUACCCCAAAACCAACCACCGAGGUCCCAUUCAGCUGUGGCAGUUCCUCCUGGAGCUGCUCCAAGACGCGGCGCGCAGCAGCUGCAUCCGCUGGACGGGCAACAGCCGCGAGUUCCAGCUGUGCGACCCCAAAGAGGUGGCCCGGCUGUGGGGCGAACGCAAGAGGAAGCCGGGCAUGAAUUACGAGAAGCUGAGCCGAGGCCUGCGCUACUACUACCGCCGCGACAUCGUGCGCAAGAGCGGUGGGCGCAAGUACACGUACCGCUUCGGGGGCCGCGUGCCCGGCCUAGCUUAUCUCGACUGCCCUGGGUCCGGACAGGGAGCAGCGACCCAAUAAAAACAUCCCGUCAAACCUC